AUGUCCACCCAGACACGCCUACGCCCACGCCUACGCCCACGCCGCAAGCCGCGCACCCGCAGCGAAUCGCCUGCCCGCGACGUGAACUCCAAGGUCCGAAACCGCGAGGACCACGGCAUAGCGGAAAAUGCGUACUAUACUGAAAGUGACCGCUCCUCUGGCGCGCGCUCAUCCUCCGACGAAACCGCCGCCUCGGAGCGCAGCGCAAAGUCCCGGGACCCACCAGAUGUGAACUGGCAGCACGAGCCCGAAGAGUCCUACGCACCCCGACAGGCAGGAGGCCACUACAAUGUUGCUGUACCACCACCGGCUGCCCCGCAGACGGCACCGUUUAGAGGGUUUUAUGGCUCUUCUACGGUGGCUGUGGAUGUGCCAUCAGUUUCCCCGCGGGGGGUGCCGCCUCAGGAACGUGCUUAUAGCCCUCCUAAUGCGGGUAUUAAUGGACCACCAGCUGGCCCGCGAGCAGUACAAAGUGCAUACAACCCCCCGAACGCAGGUAUCAAUGGACCGCGAACUGUCCCACGAACGAUGCCUAGUUUCGAUGCACCACCAACUGCCCCGCGAGGGAUGUUGCCCCACCAAAGCACUUACAACCCUCCUAAUACAGGUAUAAACAGGCUGCAAACAAGACCACGAGUAGUAUUACCACACCAGAGUACUUUCAACCCCCCAAAUGCGGGUAUCAAUGCCCCGACAACCGCAACACUACCGCAACGUCCUAGAGCAGUGUCUUCAGUCCCCAGCAACGUUUCCACAUCAUCUAUUGCAGACAGCACCCAUAAUCCGCACUAUCGUGCUCAAUCUAUUCCUGCUGAUAGCGGUUAUAUUUCUGCUCAUGGUUCACACGAUCCGCAUGGCGGAAACGGCAUUAAUGCUGCCCAUAGUUUCCAGACCCUGAGUGUCGAGGAUGAGGCGAAUGACGCUCGGGCCCGGGCUCGGGAUUUUGCUGGAAAUAGGUUUAACGGUCAAAGGAACGGCCAAAGGAGCGGGCGAGGGAGUAGUCAUAAUAUUCAACGAAAUCAACCACAGAGUGUUGUUAGAGAGAGUCGAGGUGCAUAUGACCGUGGUUCAUACAAUAGAAAUGGCCCGGCAGUGGGUUUUGAUAACCGUAUGGACGGCAGGGCUCAUGAUAUGAGACGUCAUAGAGAUGGCGGAGCUCAGGAUCAGAGAAACAACAGGGGCAACCGUGGCGACCACUCCAGGGACUCCCGUGGCAAUAACAAUCUGGCCCCAAGGGCAGUUGGGGUAGAUGUAGAACCUCCAGAACAAUCUUCGAAUGCUGUAAAUGGAAAGAUCCUUAAGCUAUCAACUCGUACAUCCGAGAACAACAGUUGUUAUUCAAGAAUAACAGUGUUCACAAACCACUUUGAAGUUCAAUCUCUUCCAUGCAUUGACAUUUUCCAAUAUGAUAUCCGGGUUACUGGCGAUCCAAGGAGGUCUGGCGGAUAUCUGGACGAAUCCGAGAUUAAGCAGUGCUCUCCGAGUAUGGUACGAAAGGUCAUGGAGAAUCCCGAGAUAAAAAGCAUUCUUGGAAACGGCUUUGUCUUUGACGGCGUCUCCAUUGGGUGGUCAACAGAAAAGCUACCAUUCCCCGUUGACCCCUUUAGAUACCGCCUUGAACUCCCAGGAUCUCGCCCUGGGAGAAAGUUUGGCUGCAACAUCGAUAUCAGCUGCACUGGAAAACUUAGCACAGACCCAUUCAUCAAAUGGCUCCGCAACGAGAGCUGUCGAACCACUUCACUGGACGACGUCGCUGACUUCAGCAAGGAGGAGCAGAUUGAAAUCUGCUUGAAAUUCCUAAAUGCUCUUCUACCUUAUUUCCACCGUACGCCAGAAACAACAUCAGGCCUCACAUCCUCUAACCGGGUUCUCGAAGCCUGGCGCGGCUUCUAUCAGAACAUCGCUGUACGCUUUGGGAAACUCACUGUCAAUGUGGAUACCAUAACUGCAGCAUUCAUCAAGCCUGGUAUCAUCUUUCUCGAUGCGAUUUGUGGUUUGGCGAAUAUAAACGUACUGCAACCUGGAGACGUAUACCACGCAGAUCCCCAGAGACUGCGGGAGAUUAUGAGGAAGUUUAUUGGAGUGGGAUUCCAAGUCAAACACAUACAGGAAGGUCCAAAAAAGGACUUGGUGAGGCGCGUUAUGAGACUAACCCAGCAUGGCGCCUCUCGAGAGACGUUUAGCAAGAGGAGAUUUGACAAAGAUCCAGUUACCGGCGAGGAAACAGUGACGAUGGAGACAAUAAGUGUUGAAGACUACUACAGACAGCAGUAUAACAUCAUCCUCAGAUUCCCACAACUACCCAUGGUUGUAUGCAGAAAGGAGGGAAAGUAUCCAUUGGAGCUAUGUUAUGUUGCGGAUGGUGAGCGGUGGACCGAGGCCCUCAAGGGUAAACAUACCUCAGAUUUCACCAAAUUCGCAACUGCACCACCAUGUGUCCGCAAAGACCAGAUCGCGGAGAACGUGAAAGCAAUUGGUUGGAACAAGCAGCGUGUACUCAAGGAGUUUGGAGUAUCGGUCAACCCGGCGUUCAUGCAAGUCGAGGCGAACGUUCUGAAACCUGUGAUUCCCAUCUACCAAACCGGAACCGAAUACCAAGGACUAAAGGUUCCAGGACGUUGGAAUUUAGGUUUUAAAACAUUCUGCAAAGCACAAUCGGUCACUCAAUGGGGUCUAAUGUACUUUCCCGGUGCUCCACGCACCCGCAGGAGCGAUAAUGAGCUUAAGAGACUUACCAGAAUGUGCUGCACUGAAUUCCGAAAAUACGGACUCCAGAUGCCCCCAGGCCCAACCAUAACCAGUGUCUGCGACCCGCAGGGGGACAUAUCCAGACAUAUUCUCGAACUCCUUCUAAAAAUCCAGACACAGACAAAGGCCCGGCCAAACCUACUAGUUUUCCUACUCGAGUGUGAACAGAAAGAUCUCUACGCCCAAAUAAAGCGCAUCUGCGACACAAAGCUCGGCAUCGCAUCGCAAUGCAUGCUCGCCAACUCCGCCAUCAAAGACAACCGCGACAAAAGCGCAGGCCAAUACUUUGGCAACAUCGCAAUGAAAGUCAACAUCAAACUCGGCGGCAUAAACGCCAUGAUCGAAGACCCAAUCCUCAACGGCAGGCCCACCCUCGUAAUCGGCUGCGAGGCAUCAUACCCAAACCCCUCCCAACUCCGCCUGGUCCCGCCACCACCGGCGUUUGUCGCGCUUUCCGCAAAUUAUGAUUUACACUGCGCGCAGUUCAGUGCGGUGACUGAUUCGCAAGAUCCUUUGGACCAAAAGAUCGUGCACUUCAGCCCAAUGGCACAGGAGCUCUUUACCCGCUACAAGAAACAGACCUCCCGUGAGCCAGAACGGGUCAUCUAUUUCCGCGACGGGCUUUCCGAGGGCGGGUAUGGGUCAGAACUACGGACCGAACUCGAGGAGCUUAAGAAACUCACCAAUGCCCCCAUCACCGUCGUGCUCUGCAUUAAGCGCCACCACACACGUUUCUUCCCGGGCCCCGGCGAGAACGGCGACAGGAUGGGGAACAUCUUCCCAGGCACGGUUGUCGAGAACGGGAAUGGGAAGGAUAUCUUUCUUGUUGCCCAUAUUGCCCUCAAGGGGACCGUUCGCCCUACUCGCUAUGUGGCAGUGUAUGAUGACAAUAAGCUCAGUGCCGGCCAGUUCCAAGAGCUCUGUCACAACCUCUGCUACGGGUAUGGUAGAGCUACUAUGGCAGUGAGCAUGGUUCCGCCGGUUUAUUAUGCACGCCUCGCCUGUGAACGUGCCCGCUUGCACAUGGAAAAUAAUGUGAAGCUCGAUGAUGGAUCACCGGGGAUGUCUACAUUGCCCCAGACCCAUAGAAAUAUACAGUAUUCCAUGUGGUGGCAAUGA